GCAGUGUAACCCCACUGUAGCUAGGGACUGAGGUAGCUGGCUGAUAAGGUUUCAUGUAUAUAUUGUAAAAUUGUUAGUGAUAAGCUACAAACCAUCUUCCUUACCUACAGUGUUAUACCUUGGUUUCACUUUCUCUUAAAAGCAGAUUUCUCAUUUGGGGGUUGGGAUUAGACAGUGAAAGUUUACUAUAGAAGUUUGACUUUUAAUUUUAUAUAUUGCUUCAGUUCCAUUGCUAUCUCUACUAGUUUUCUAUUUCAUGGAGCAUGAUUUGCCUUCCUCUCUUGCUACUUCAAAAGGGAACAUCAGAAACUAAGAGAAACAUACUCAAUUUCAUAUAAUUCUCAUGACAUACUGCACUGGAAGAAUGAAAGUUCUAAGUUAUAAUUUGCUCAAAUUAUCAGUUUUUAUGAAAGACAAGUUCUCUUCUAGGCUAGUAAGUACUUUAUUUGGCCUUUCAUGUAGGAGAAUUACCUUCCCAGUUUCACACUUAAAGAAAAUCAUUGCACAGUGGCCUUACCACCCCACAAAAUAAAAAGUACCUGAAAUCCCCUCAGAUCAUAAAAUUUUGUGGGAUUGUAGUAUUCUUGUUCCCAAGGCCUUAGCUGUUUAAAAAAAAUAAUCAGAGUUCAGAUGCAGUCUAGAAGUUUGAAGAGUGCUGUGUUACUAAACCUUGACAUACAUAAGGUAAAACAAAUUCUGAUGUAUUACUUUGUGUAUGGUAUGUAAAAAACCUGGCUGAUAAGCCACUUGGCUUACAGGCACUCUCUAACCGUUCUAUAUGCUGUACUAGUCUCUGAUGAGCCACCAGCCCUCCUCAUAGCUUAAGCCACACAAUUGCUUGGAUUAUCCAGAUAACUACAUUGUGUUCACUAACACUUUUCCAUUUCCAAACUUAAAGAUGCUCAUUUAUCACACAGCACCAAACCAGCAUACUAUACUAUACACUAUACUAUACGCUAACUUUUAAAAAUUCAGAAUAAAAUUGGGCUGAAUGUAAAUUAAAACCACUUUCAAGAAGUGACACUGCGAACUACAUUCUUCUCCCUGAUGGACCUCCCUUAGCCUAGGGGUGCAAAAAGUGCGGAUCAGCACAAAUUGUCAGUAACUAUUUUGUGGGUUACAAAUAGGUGGGGUCAAAUGUUUGGGCUUUUUUUUUUUGAAUUUGUAAUGGUCCAAGAGGAUAAAUGGAUGCAUUAUACUUUAGAUGACUCUUACCUUUUAGUGGAUUUCUAUAAUGGAGAUAAGCUAUGAACAGAUUUAAGGUUAGAUAAGAUUCAUAGAGGACUCUGGUGUUGGGGUCAGUAUGGCACUCCCUCUGAAUGCUACGUACGGAUCAGGAGAAUGCUAAAUACUUCAAACAGCUGAGAAUCACAACAAAUUAAUACAACCUCCAGCAAGUUAUUUCUCAAACUGUUACUCCCCCAUAUCUCUCAGAGUGGGUAAAACAUUAUCUUCCGUACAGUAUUGUAUUCUGCAAAGUAAAAGUCUAAACAUUGCAUGUACAAAAGGUGAACCCAGUUGUAGAUUUCUAGAUCACAUAUAUCGAUAAACUUUUCUUACUGCCAGUGGUUUAACAAAUACCCUUUUAUAAAAGAAUUUGUACAUGAAUACUGUAGUGAUUUUGAAAACAAGUUCCUGGGCUAUAUGCAAGUUCAGAGUAUCUUGUUCUGCAGCCUUAUUAUAUGUAUGUUUUCUUGAACAACCUUUUGCAACUAGUUGAGAUUCCAGUAGGGAAAAUAGGUCUAGUAAGUCCGAAACGUGCCAGUUUCCAUGUUAUUUCUUUGUGAGGCAUAAGAGUCAAUUUCCUCUCCAUAAUACCAUGUACUAUGCCAGAAAGACAGCUUUGUGUUGAAGGUACAGUUAAAAAUUCAGGAUUGCUUGGCCGUGCAACUGAAACAUAGUUUUGGUAUCUCAUUACAAAAGCAAUUCAGUUAAGUGUUACUGUGAUACUGACAAAAUAGAAGUAAAUACUGUUUAGGCGGCUAAAACUAUGGCGAGGUUUUUUUUUUCUUGAAUCCACAAAAUAUCUGGCAGCGACGAAAGAAAAACGAAAGGUACAACCCUACUCCUAUGUCCACAUAGUGCAAGUUACUUACAUAGCAAUUACACAGAAUUGGAUACCUUGUAUUGCUGAUUACAUGCGAGCUACAUGGUUUAAAAAGAAUAAAAGCGUUACUGAAAAGAGAGCUAAGGCCCCGCCUCGUGGCAAUUACUUCGAGGUUCCGGGAGAUAAGAUCAGAGCAGAAGGAAACAAGCAAAACACGAGGGCAGGAACCCCUUCCAACGUAGAAUUUAACAUCCCGUUUCGCAAAACCACUACUCUCACUAUUCCGCCCGCGGCCGCCGUAACUUGUAGACCUGGAAGGCUCCGCCCCUUGGUGAGCGGUAGAGCGCAUGCCUAGGUUGUAGGAAGCGAAAGAGACUACAAUCUCCAAGAGCCUCCCACCAUGUUAGUGAGCAGGCAUUGUCAAGAGGCGGGCGUGAGGAUCCUGGGAAAUGUAGUCCGCAUAUUCUGAGGCGAACUCUGAGAGGCGGGGCCCGGCAAAGCAUGUUACCUGACGGCGGCGAAGACGACGCUGCUACCACUGGGAGCCGAGGAUGCCUCAGAGGAGCGGGGAACUGCCCCCGUUCAAGAAACCGAAGCUGGCGUCCACCACGCUACCUCUCGCCUCUGGGUCGCGCAGAGCGAUGUUACUAACAACGCCGGGAGCGAAACGCCAUCCUUCGUCCGCAUCCGUCUCCUCGUCGUCCUCGUCCUCCUCCUCGUCCAUAGGGAUCGACAGCCAGCGCCGGAGCCUGCCAAUUUUCCAAGCGCGGGGGACGCUGCUCGGGCAGCUCCGUACCUUAGACUGCGCGGUCCUGAUCGGGGAAACAGGUUCUGGAAAGACAACUCAAAUUCCACAGUAUCUCUAUGAGGGGGGAAUUGGGCGCCAAGGAAUAGUUGCUGUGACCCAGCCUCGCCGUGUGGCUGCUAUAUCCUUGGCUACCCGAGUCUCGGAUGAGAAGAAAACUGAAUUAGGAAAAUUGGUUGGCUACACAGUGCGCUUUGAAGAUCUCACCUCUGAUGAGACAAAAAUCAAGUUCCUGACAGAUGGAAUGCUGCUUCGAGAAGCCAUUGGGGACCCUCUUAUGCAUAAAUACAGUGUGGUCAUUUUGGAUGAAGCACAUGAGAGGACAAUCCACACAGAUGUGCUUUUUGGCGUGGUGAAAGCAGCCCAAAAGAAACGGAAGGAGCUUGGGAAAUUACCCUUGAAAGUGAUUGUCAUGUCAGCUACUAUGGAUGUUGACUUGUUCUCCCAGUACUUCAAUGGAGCACCAGUUCUCUACCUAGAAGGCAGGCAACACCCCAUCCAGAUUUUCUACACAAAGCAAUCUCAGAGUGAUUACCUCCAAGCAGCGCUAGUGACAGUUUUCCAGAUCCAUCAGGAAGCACCUUAUUCUCAGGACAUCCUGGUGUUUCUGACAGGCCAGGAAGAGAUUGAAGCAAUGACCAAAACUUGUCGGGACAUUGCCAAGCAUCUUCCUGAUGGCUGCCCUCAGAUGGUGAUCAUGCCCCUUUAUGCUUCUCUGCCUUACUCACAGCAACUCCGGGUCUUCCACGUUGCACCCAAGGGUUAUCGCAAAGUGAUUCUUUCCACCAACAUUGCAGAGACCUCCAUCACCAUUGCAGGCAUAAAAUAUGUUGUGGACACAGGGAUGGUCAAAGCAAAGAAAUAUACACCUCAAAGUGGCUUGGAGGUCCUGGCAGUGCAGCGGAUCUCAAAGGCCCAGGCCUGGCAACGGGCUGGUCGAGCUGGGAGAGAGGAUAGUGGAUUUUGUUACCGCCUCUACACAGAAGAUGAGUUUGAGAAGUUUGAUAAAAUGACAGUACCAGAAAUCCAAAGGUGUAACUUGGCCAGUGUGGUGCUCCAUCUGCUGGCUCUGAGAAUCCCAAAUGUCCUUACCUUUGACUUUGUGUCGAAGCCAUCUCCAGAGGCGCUUCAGGCCGCCAUAGAGCAGCUGGCUCUCCUGGGUGCAGUGGAAAAGAAAGAAGACCUGCUGAUCCUCACCCCAUUGGGAAAAAAGAUGGCUGCAUUUCCUCUCGAGCCCAAAUUCUCCAAAACGAUCCUAAUGUCUCCCAAGUUCCAUUGUACGGAGGAGAUCCUGACCAUUGUCUCGCUGCUCUCUGUGGACAGUGUCCUCUACAAUCCUCCUUCCCGUCGGGAUGAAGUCCAGGCCAUCCGAAAGAAAUUCAUCUCCAGUGAAGGGGAUCACAUCACUUUGCUCAACAUCUACCGGGCCUUCAAAAACAUCAGUGGCAAUCGGGAAUGGUGCAAAGAAAAUUUUGUGAACAGUCGAAACAUGAUGCUGGUCUCAGAUGUCAGAGCUCAGCUGAGGGAUAUUUGCAUAAAGCUUUCAAUACCUCUGGAGUCUUCCCGCUCUGAUACUGGGACUAUCCGCCGCUGCCUGGCCUAUAGCCUCUUCAUGAAUACGGCAGAGCUGCAGCCAGAUGGCACCUAUGCCACGACUGAUACACACCAGCCAGUGGCCAUUCACCCGUCCUCAGUCCUUUUCCAUUGCAAGCCAGCCUGCGUUACGUACAAUGAACUGCUGCACACCAGCAAAUGCUACAUGAGGGAUCUCUGUGUGGUGGAUGCUGACUGGCUGUACGACGCUGCCCCUGAAUACUUCCGCCGGAAGCUUAGAGCGGCCAAGAAUGGACCUUAAGACUGGGGAUAAGAAAAAAAUUAGUUGCUUACAGGACCUGAGAUCAGGGUUUUGGUAACCUAAUAUACAGGAACGCUGCUAUACCAACUGACUUCCCACUGGUAGAAGUGAGCUGGACCUCAUACAUUUCUUUCACAGUCUCUUCUGGAAUAGGACCUUAUGUAGGAGUGUUCCACAGGCUGUAUUCAUAUCUACCUAGAAGUGAUAAUACAGGCCAUGGGCAGAUUUUGCCUCUCUAAAAUUGCUUUAUGUCUGUUCCAAAUGUAUGUAUGAAAUUUCCGUUGUAAAUAAAGCUUUAGUCCUUUAGAAAGCAUGCUAUAUAAAGAAAAGAGAACCCAACAUGUUUUUAGAACAAACCUGGUAGAUCAAUAUGUCUGAAAACUGCCUUAUCACAGACUUUGUCAACGCUACAUCUUAUCAUUACUAUGUAACAUGAGAAAAAUUAAUUUUGAAUAAUAUUUAUUUUUAGGAUGGAAAUGUUUUUUUUUCUCUU